GAAUGAAGUCUAGUGAAUCAAAAUCGAUAGCAAUGUUAUAGAACUCAACUCACUGAUAGUUGUGAAUAACUUCCCUUCUAUAUCUGUGGAAUUAACUAUAUAUAUUCAUUAGGGCAGAAUAUUAUUUACUAUAAUGCAAAUUCAAGUGAUAACCUUUCAACCAGCAAAAAUGACUAAUAAUAAUUAAAUAGUUAUAAUCUUAUUUUGAUGGAAGGAGAUGAUACGACUGGUGAAAAUGGUAAGUAAGAUAGUGAUAUUGGUACCUGAUUAUAUUUCAUACAAGUCAACCGUGUUCUAUUGCUGACCGCAAAUGUUUUUUGGGGAUAUUCUUUGAUGGAACACAUUAUAUGAUCAACAAUAAUCAUGAAAGCCCUGCUUCUUUUCAUGUCUACAUAAGGAUGCUGUUUUCGCAUCAAAUGAUCUCACAAGUUAAAACAUUUAGUAUCACCAUAGAAAUGGUUAAUGGGGAUAUAGUAUCGCUAUGUCCAAAUCAAUUUGUUUUUGAACCCGAAAAAUCCGAAGAUGACCGAUGGUACGGAAUCAUUAAACUAAAAAGUGAAUUCGACAUAACAGGUGUCAUCUUAGAGGUACAUUUCGACAAGUCAGUAAUUGAAUUUGGGAACUACUUAGGUCAAGUUGAUGCAAACGAUGAUAACACCCAGUUUACAAUAAAGAAUAAGAACAAACGUAUCAACGCUCAUACCACAGAAAAUGUUAGAAUUUUUGUAAUCUACCAUCCUUUAUAUGAUGUCGUGCCACCAAACUUAUCCAAAAUUGUGUUCAACGGUAGAGAAAUAUGUCCACAUUUUGAGGAGCAAAAAAAGAGAACUGGAGUUGAAAACACACUAACGAGUAUUGCGUUGAACAUAAGUGUACCAAAAUGUGGAAUAAGAAGACCAGCAACGACACCUUUGAUAACACUAGGACAAAACACAAGACCUGGAGACUGGCCUUGGCACGCAGCGAUAUACUGGAAGUUUGGCAAUCAAAGAAAAUACAAUUGUGGGGGGACCCUCAUAUCUGAGCAUCAUGUAUUAACUGUGGCUCAUUGCACAACCUCGCGGACCUCCCUAAAUUGUACCAUAGACUGUACCACCGAGCCAAGAGCCCUAGAUCCUGUAAAUAUUUUAGUUAUUCUCGGUAAAUAUGGUAUUUAUAUAAUUAACGGCAGUAAUGAACAAACAAUAGAAGCUUCUAAAAUAACCGUUCACCCCCAGUACAGCAGCAGAAGCCUAUUCAACGAUAUUUCCAUCAUACAUUUGAAGAGACCAGCACAAAUGACGAAUUUUGUGAGAUAUAUUUGUUUAUGGAAUGAUGAUACUUCGUUGAGCUCUCUUAUUGGAAAGAUAGGUAUAGCAGUAGGAUGGGGUAGGGAUCAUCAGGACAAUCAGCUCUCUGACCUUUUGAUGCAAGCUCAAAUGCCAGUAGUCGAUACUUAUACCUGUAUAUAUUCGUUUCCAGAAGUUUUCGGACGAUUCACAAACAACGAAAAUAAUUUUUGUGCAGGAUUCAGAAAUGGUACGUCUGUUUGUAAUGGAGACUCUGGUGGAGGGUUGAUGUUUCCCAUGAGAGGUACAAGUGGACCAAAUACACAAUGGCAAAUACGUGGUAUGGUGUCAAGUACAGUACCAAAAAUUGACAACACAUGUGAUCCCAACCACUAUGUCAUAUUCACUGAUGUUGCCAAAUAUUUGGACUGGAUUCAUAAUAUAACAAAAUCUUGA